AUGGCGUACACGCUCCUCCGCUGGCCGGACAUUCCUCACCCGGCCGUCGUCGCGACCGCCGCCGCCGUUGCUACCGCCUCCCUGGUCGCCGUUGCCAAAACGACGCUGUGGCCCGCGAGGAAGCGCGUGCUGCCGAGUCCGCUGAAGACGGUGCUGCCGAGGGCCUCGCGGGAGGAGCUCCGCGGCCUGGUGUAUCUGCCGGAUGCGUUCCCGGGGGCGAGGGACGUCGAGACGCCCUACGGCACCAUACGCGUGUACGAGUUCGGCCCAGAGCGCGGCGACAAGGUGCUCCUCGUCCACGGGAUAAGCACGUCGUGCAUCACGCUGGGGCGCAUCGCGCACGCCCUGGUCGAGAGGGGGUGUCGCGUCAUGCUGUUUGACCUCUUUGGGCGCGGCUUCACCGACGGCGUGGGCGACAUCCCGCACGACACGCGGCUGUACACGACGCAGAUGCUGCUGGUGCUGGCGUCGUCGCGCCUCUGCUGGACCGGCGCGCGGGGCUUCCGGCUCAUCGGGUACUCGUUGGGCGGCGCCAUCGCGGUCCCCUUCUCCAACGCCUUCCCGCACAUGGUGUCGUCGCUGGUGCUGCUCGCGCCCGCGGGCCUCAUCGACGCCGCGGCCUUCGGGGCCGUCAGCCGCUUCGUCUUCUCGAGCGGGCUCGUGCCGGAGCGCGUGCUCGCCGUCCUCGCCGGGCGGCGGCUGCAGCGGCCCCUUGUUGCGUCGCCGACGUCCGGGGCCGCUGCUGCCGUGCUGGCCGUCGCCGAGGCCGAGAAGCUCGGCGGCGACAGGUCGCCGCUCGAGGAGAGGGUGCUCGACUACGUGCGUUGGAUGGUGCUCAACCACGAGGGCUUCGUGCCCGCCUUCACGUCGUGCGUCCGCCAUGCGCCGCUCACCGAGCAGCACGAGGAGUGGAGGGGCCUGGCUAGGCGGGAACGGGGGACCACGGCCGUCAUCUUUGCCGAGACGGAUGAGCUGAUUAGCGCCGACGACUACGCGCGCGACGGCCUGCCGCUUGUCGGCGGCGAGGGACACGUCUUUUGGAGGGUGGUGCCGGGAAGCCAUGACUUUGUCAUGACCCAUGUUUCGGCCAUUAUGAGGGAGCUGGACGAGUUUUGGGGCAUGAGCGCCUAG